AACAAGGAAAUGAAGGGGGGAGGCGGGACUGGGGUUGUCUGCGGGAGCUGCUGCCGUCCCCGCCGCGGAGGAGAGGAGGAGGAGGUGGAGGAGGUGGAGGAGGUGGCUGCAGCGACCGCCGAGGAGUCCCUUGCUGUAGGCAGACCGCGAGGCAGCGGGCGGCGCGCGCGCGCGUGCCCGACCAGCGGCUGUUGGAGAAGUGGAGCGGCGGUCGCUGGGGGGAGGAGGAGGAGGGACUGAGCGGCGGCCCCCGCGUCCCGGUGCCUCUAUGGGGGAAGCAGACAAUGGAUUAUGAUUUCAAGGCGAAGCUGGCGGCGGAGCGGGAGCGGGUGGAGGAUUUGUUUGAGUACGAAGGGUGCAAAGUGGGACGCGGCACCUACGGGCACGUCUACAAGGCGAGGCGGAAAGAUGGCAAAGAUGAAAAGGAAUAUGCACUGAAGCAAAUUGAAGGCACAGGGAUAUCCAUGUCGGCUUGUAGAGAGAUUGCACUUUUGCGGGAAUUGAAGCACCCUAAUGUGAUCGCAUUGCAGAAGGUGUUCCUUUCUCACAGUGACAGGAAGGUGUGGCUGCUGUUUGACUAUGCAGAACAUGAUUUGUGGCAUAUUAUUAAGUUUCAUCGUGCAUCAAAAGCAAAUAAAAAGCCCAUGCAGUUGCCAAGAUCUAUGGUAAAAUCAUUACUUUAUCAGAUUCUUGAUGGUAUCCAUUACCUCCAUGCAAAUUGGGUGCUUCACAGAGAUCUGAAACCAGCAAAUAUCCUAGUAAUGGGAGAAGGUCCUGAGAGGGGGAGAGUCAAAAUAGCUGACAUGGGUUUUGCCAGAUUAUUCAAUUCUCCUCUAAAGCCUCUAGCAGAUUUGGAUCCAGUAGUUGUGACUUUUUGGUAUCGGGCUCCUGAACUUCUGCUUGGUGCAAGACAUUAUACAAAAGCCAUUGACAUAUGGGCAAUAGGUUGCAUAUUUGCUGAACUGCUGACUUCAGAACCUAUUUUUCACUGUCGUCAAGAAGAUAUAAAAACAAGCAAUCCCUUUCAUCAUGAUCAGCUGGAUCGGAUAUUCAGUGUCAUGGGCUUUCCUGCAGAUAAAGACUGGGAAGAUAUUAGAAAGAUGCCAGAAUACCCAACACUUCAAAAAGACUUUAGAAGAACAACGUACGCCAACAGUAGCCUCAUAAAGUACAUGGAAAAACACAAGGUCAAGCCUGACAGCAAAGUGUUCCUCUUGCUUCAGAAACUCCUUACCAUGGAUCCGACUAAGAGAAUUACCUCUGAGCAGGCUCUGCAGGAUCCCUAUUUUCAGGAGGACCCCCUGCCAACAUUAGAUGUGUUUGCUGGCUGCCAGAUUCCAUACCCGAAGCGAGAAUUCCUAAACGAAGAUGAGCCUGAAGAGAAGGGUGACAAGAAUCAGCAACAGCAACAGAACCAGCAUCAGCAGCCCACAGCCCCCCCACAGCAGGCAGCAGCUGCUGCACAGGCACCCCCGCAGCAGCAGAACAGCACCCAGACCAACGGUACUGCUGGGGGUGCCGGGGCCGGGGCCGGGGGAGCCGGGGCAGGGCUGCAGCACAGCCAGGACUCCGGCCUUAACCAGGUGCCUCCAAACAAGAAACCGCGGCUCGGCCCUUCAGGCGCCAACUCGGGCGGGCCUGUCAUGCCGUCAGACUAUCAGCACUCCAGUUCUCGCCUGAAUUACCAAAGCAGUGUUCAGGGAUCCUCUCAGUCCCAGGGCACACUAGGCUACUCCUCCUCGUCUCAGCAGAGCGCCCAGUACCACCCAUCCCACCAGGCCCAUCGGUACUGACCCCGCCACCCAGAGCACAGACGCCAGCAAUAUGAUGUCUGCAUUGAAAAGAACCAAAAAUGCAACAGCUGUGAUGCCGUGUAAAACUCAUCCACUUGGAAGGAAAACUCCAUACUGAGCAUCUUGCAGGACUGACAGAUGUCUCUUCUUUAUUGACUUAAGGAAGAUUUUUGUGAAGUUCCCCCAACACCUCUUCCCUGCAUGAGUUCCAUUGUGACUUCGCCGAUAAAGCAUCUGAUCUAAUCCCAGCACUUAACUUCCGUACCCUUCAGCAUUUUUUGGAAGGAUUUCCUGGUGCACCUUUCUCAUGCUGUAGCAAUCACUAUGAUUUAUCUUUUCAAAGCUCUUUUAAUAGGAUUUUAAUGUUUUAGAAUCAGGACUCCAAUUGUGUAUAGUUUUAUACUUCAUAAACUAACCUAGCAACACAGGUAAAAAUGCACCUUUUAAAGCACUACGUUGUUUUCACAGAAUAUAACUGUUUUGCUCAUGGAAGUCUUAAACAGAAAUUGUUGCUGUCCCAAAGUACUUUACAAUUACAUUUUUACUUAUCUAGUUUCAGGGAUGGUUUAAUGAAAAGACAAGUGGUGGGACAGAGGGAACCUACAACCAAAAACAGCCUAGGUCUUUGCAGUGUGCUGUAUGCUAUGAAGAACUGAAGUUGUGGUAAUUUUUGUAUAAUCAGUUACAUGGAACUUAGUUCCCAGAAUCCUCUUAUUCUGAAUAGUAGUCAGUAAUUAAGAAUUAUAAAUUUAACCUUCAUGUAGCUAAGUCUACGUUAAAAAGGGUUUCAAGAGCUUUGAUGAAAUACAGUCCUCUGGUGACCCACACCAGAAAGCUGAAGAGAAUAUUAACUGCACUAGGAUUUCUUUAAGGAGUAAUGUUGAUCAAAGGACGUAUUACUUCCCUUUGAAGGAAAAAGCUUUUAGUGUGUAUUGUACAUAAAGUUGGCUUCUCUAAAGAACUGUUGGUUUCUUCACAUGUGGGCCAUCUUGAGUAACUUUCUUACAUAAUCAAGGGUACUCAAUAGAAGCCUGCAAAUUAAUCUGCUUUUAAAACAAAGAGCAGUGUUCUCCAUUAAUAUCUGCAUUAGCUACAGAGUGACUAUUUUUAAAGCAUGUUAAAAAUUUUAGGUUUUAUUCAUGUUUAAAGUAUGUAUUAUGUAUGCAUAAUUUGCUGUUGUUAUUGAAACUUAGUUCUAUCAAGACUUUUCAUUGCACUGAAUGCUUUCUUAUGCCCCUAGGGGAAAACUAAUAAUUGUGCCUAAAAAACUAUGGGCGGAUAGUAUACAACUGUACUAGAGAAAGUGCAUAUUUGCAUUUCCCUGAUCUAUGAAUUGGAGGCUGAGUGCUUUCUCAGCCAGUGUGAAGAACCCCUCACUCCCCAGAGUCACAAAGAAGUGUAGACUUAGAGCUCCCGCUGUGAUGUAAGGGACAAGACAUUUGUGUUCUUCUGAAUGCUACUAGCAGCACCAGCCUUGUUUUAAACGUUUUCUUAGCUAGAAGAAAUAGCUGAUUGUUGUAUAUGCAAGUUAUGAGCAUUGUUUUUUACUAUUCUUUAUGAACUUAUCUACCUGGUUAUGAUACUCUGGGUCCAUACGCAAGCUGAGUAAGAUUUUAGACAGAAGCCAGUAUACAUUUUGCACUAUUGAUGUGAUACUGUAGCCAGCAAGGACCUUACAGAUUCCAGCAUAAUGAUGCUUACUAAUAAUAAAGACUAUCUAGUGACACUCACCAACACUGAAGCAGUUGACAUGCUUCACUGGGAGGAAUUGCCACGCUCCAUGGUAAUUUACCCUUCCAUUUUUUUAAAAUUGGAAAAAUUAACAGCCCUCUGCAUAAUGUAGCUACACAUACGUAGUUCUGCCCUGCACCCCGCACCCUGAACCCUCACUGUCCAGAGCAAUUGACCGUCAGAUGCUUGCUGCACCCUCGCUGUCCACCCAGCGCUGUGCUGGGCAGAAGCUACAGGGGCGAGGCAUGCGUCCUGGCGCUUAAGGAGCGUAUGAUCAAUUCCGUGAAAGGAAGCUCUCCUGGGAUAAUUGGCUUAUAAGUGAAACCAUUUUUUCAUAUGAAGGCCCCACUUGGAUAGAGUUACUAUUCCAAAUUCUGCUCUACAGUAAACUGCUAUGGAGAGGUUUCUGUGCCUAGCUACCUUCGAGAGAGCCAGCAAUUCAGUAUCACAACAGGCAUUAAUGUACAUUUGAAGUAUCCACAGCAGCCUUUCAACAGUCGGGUGGCCCUUGGUAGGCAGAACACACUCUACUAAGUGGUUGCAGGAAAUUAAAUGAACAGAAGCUCUGUCCUGUCCUUAGGGGAGAUUACGCUGAAUAAAAGACGUACCCAACUAUGUGCAUGAGCCAAGAUGCCGUGCCCCUUCAUGCUCUGUAAGCAACUUUGAUAGACUCUUCUUGUGGUAUGCGCUUCCACAAUCACAGGACUGCCCUGCAUUCCUGGUGAACAGUGAAUCUCACUGGCGGAACUGAUGGAGACACUGUAGGGAAGUUCACCAGUCAUUCCCAGUAAGGUGUUCCCUAGAACAUAGCCAGGUAUCCCCGUUACACACAGCCGGGGUUUCUGGUCACUGCACUGGCCCUGUCCUCCUACGUUCCUGCCUCUGAGUGGUGCACGCCCAUGGGUGCCCAUUACCCUUUGAAAUAAUUGUGGUUUUUAAUUUCCUUUUCCCUGUGAAGGGAGACAGAGCCCCUAAGACAUUUAUGGGCCCUAAAACUGGGGGACCUCAAAGGAGAACUGGGAAGCAUUUUGAGAUUAAAAUUUACUUUUGUAGCCCUCAAAUGACCACAUUCCUCUUUGAAAAUGUGUGGCUGUCGUGUUCCCUGAGAACGCAGUGGGUGGCAGCACCCAGACCAGGGGAGGUUCCCGCAGGAAGGAGUCGACAUGAAGGCUUUCUGCUCUCCACAUUACCAGUCUGUUUUGAGGUAGCCUUCUGGUGCGGUGUGUGUUCGGAAAAAGGGGUUUGGGAGUUUCAGGACAGCUGAGCCUCGAGGGUAAGGUGGCCUUGGGCUGAUACUGUGAGGCAGAAACAACCCUUGUGGUGAAGCAGAUCAUGCAGCAACAUACAGAAAUCAAGGACACGUAUAUUUUUAUAUCUCUGUGGUUUUAAAACUGUAGUACUUAGAUUUUUGGCCUUCUGCACUACUCUAUUGCUCUUAUAAACAUAAUGUACAUUUACGAAUGGAAAGGGACGACAUUUACAUAUGUGUUCACUGCCUCAUGCCUGGUGAAGCAACUGUUAGGUGUAUGCCUCUAAAAUCAUGCUGUUUUCCUGCUCAAGAAAGAAAAAGUGAUUGGACAAUAAGACUUGCAACGAAAUCUGCUUUGAGUACAUUUAUGUAGCAGAAACUGUAACGUGAAGGAAGAAAUCUACGAAAACUGCAAACCAAACUCUUGUCUGUGGUGACACCUUUGUAGGGAGUGGAGGAAGGCAGUGAAAUGGCAGAGUACAGGAGGCUUGAAGGAUUUAAGUGUAAGUACCAUUUUAUAUAAAACAUAGUAAUUUAGGUCCCCAUAAUCUUAAAGAAUAGUCACAAAUAUCAUAAAGCAAAGUUCAUUGUUUUUAGGAUUUUUAAAAAAUGUGUUGUACCUAAGGCCAUACUUACUCUUCUAUACUAUCACUGCAAAGGAGUGAUAUGUAUGUAUUAUAUGAAAAAAAAAAAACCCUAAUGCACUGUUAUCUCCUAAAUAUUUAGUAAAUUAAUGCUAUUUAAUUUUUUUAAAGAUUUGUCUGUGUAGACACUAAAAGUAUUACACAAAAUCUGGACUGAGGAUGUCCUUUUUUAACAGCAAUUGAAAGUACUUUUUAUAUAUGUUAUGUAGUACAUCCUUUCUUAAACUGCCUAGUUUGUAUUUCCCACAGUCCCUUAUUUGUGCAGUGUGCCCGUCCUCGUCUCUUUUUUCAGUCAUUUCCUGCACGCAUCCCUCUUUAUAUGAUUAUAGAGACGACUGUAUGCUUUCCACACUCCGCUGCGCGGUGCGCGCUCAGAGCCCGCUGCGCCCCCGCGAGGCCUGCUCCGUGGGGUGCGGGACCGGCUGCCGCUUUGGAGCUGAGCGUUUCCCGCUUUUGAGUUGCCCUGGCAUCCUUCUUGAAAUGACUGUUAAAACUAAAAUAAAUUACAUUGCAUUUAUUUUAUAUUCUUGGUUGUAAUAAAAUUUAAUUGACUUUG